UCUGAAGUCCUGCAUGCCUGCUGGCUUGGCAGUACAGUCUUGAUGUCUUGCAUUAUUACUGUGUUUUGAUGUUGGCUCAAAUCUAACGUCUUUAGCUUUCUUCUCCGAGUCUGGACGUCUAUAUGACCCAUUGAGUAGGCUGUUUGUGUGGAAAGCUGAUGAAAAAAUCCUGAAACUAAUUGGCGUAAGCUCAAGUUUUGGUCUCUGCUUUCAACUACAGUAGCUGCAGCCACCUGUGAUCUGACUUUAAAACUACAAUAAUAGGAGAUUGCAGGGAAUAGCUGUGGGUGGAGGGGGGAUACACAAUGAACGUCGCUGACAGGUGCAACCUUUACGUUCAUCGCGAGAAUGCAGCAUGGGGCGAGAAACGCAAGAGACUACCUGUAACCCUUGUCACUGGGUUCCUGGGUGCUGGCAAGACAACACUGCUCAGAUUUGUCCUCAGCAAUAAGGAGAAUUUGAGAAUUGCCGCAGCAGUGAACGACUUUGCUGCAGUGAACAUCGAUGCUCAGUUGGUUGCCAAGGAGAGCCCCGCGGACGGUUCGGGACGGGGCAAUAUUGUUGCCCUGACCAAUGGUUGUCUGUGCUGUUCUAUUGCGAAGGAUUUCCGCAGUGCUGUAUGGACCCUAAUGCAGGAAUGUGACCAAGGCAAUGUAGACUACUUAGUGAUCGAAACCAGUGGCGUCAGUGACCCACUUUCUAGUAUCCGUGCGCUUGAGGAAGACUUUGGUAAGAUGUAUCGAGUGAGACUGGACUCCGUGGUCACAGUGGUGGACAUCGACUACUUUCUCACGCUGACGAAGAAGGACGGAUCCUUGCCAGUUGCGUUCCAGAGCCAGCUCAAGUAUGCUGACGUCGUGCUUCUGAACAAGCGAGACCUUGCUUCAGCCGAGGAGCUAGCAGCGGCCGAGACGGGCGUGCGGCAGCUAGCCGGCCCCGGCGUCAUCGUGCGCACCAGUAAGUUCUGUGCCGUGCCUCUCAAUUGGGUCUUGGACGUGAACCCGGCCACGACUGGUCCGCAGCUUGUUUCGCACGAGGCAACGAGAGCUGCGUACGCACUACCUGACAGCGGUGGAAAGCUGCGCAGCACCGAGAGUAUUGAGGCAGCGCUGAAAGGAGAGAACCAGGGUCACAUGGAGGAGGACCACUUUGGAUCCAUGGUGGUCGAGUCAAGUAGUCCACUGAUGCUGUCUCGCUUCCAGGACCUCCUAGGAUCCAAAUGCAUGGAGAACGUGUACCGUGCCAAGGGCAACGUGUUCUUCGCCGAACUACCUCACCACCGGUAUAUGUUCCAUUGGAGUGGCCGGCAGCGCUUUGAGCUUGCCAUGGAAAGUGCUGUGGGUGCAGCCUCUGUGCAAUUGGUCAUUCUUGGUCGCCACCUGCCUGAGCAGGAAAUCCGACAGUGCUUGGAGCCGCCGAGCACUAUUCCGACGUCGUUGCUGCCUGGCCUCCUUGAGCAGGCCCAUGCACUGGUGAGUUCCGACUGUCGCUUUGAUGUGAUAGCACGGGACGACCUAGCCAGUAUUGUUAUCUUCCGCCUGACCGGUUACCGUGAGUUCUCCAUCACACUGUCCGAGGCCACGACCAUUCACGGCAUCAACAUCGACCGCAUGAACCGGGAGUUUGUGGAAGCAGUGAACUGCUGCAGCGGAUCUACUCUGCUGACUGGCAUCACACACCAGGACGGCCAAGCAGCACUGUGCUAUGCGCUUGGUGGUGAUGUCACUCUGGAUGCUGUUUGGCCGACUAUUCUCAAAGAAGCUGACAAGAUCAUUGCCAUGUUCUUCCAUGCUGUGCGUGGAUGCAAGUGUGGUUGGUAAUGACAAUUCACUGGCUGCUGCUCUCUCUCUCUCUCUCUCUCUCUCUCUCUCUCUCUCUCUCUCUCUCUCUCUCUCUCUCUCUCCUCGCUCUCCUCUCUUACUUGCUUGCUUGCUCAGCCUUUUGGUGUUUCGUUUUGUUCAAGGCUUGCCAUCAGCUUUAAUUUCCCGAGUCUCCACUUUGUAUCAGUUUCUGGUUUUAUUACAAUUAUCUGCUGUCAUCACUUGGCUGGAUUCCAAAUGGUCAGUUGCCUCAAGUUCGUAUUGCAUUGUUUGACUUUUUCCUUUACUUCCAUGCUUCACAUGUGUAGAUUCUUACCUCCCAUGUUGUAGAGACUGGCAUAUGGCUAUUUUAGUGCAUGGGAGGCAUCUAGCCUUAGUCUCUUCAUUUGGAACACCUUUUUUAAAAGCUUUUUUUUAACUAGCACCCAUCGCAUUUAGAGAAACACACUUCAGAUGUAAAGACUGACAUAUUAUGGCUAAUGUAGUGCAUUGAUGUAAUAAUUUUAGUCUCUGGUAGAUCUACAUCUUCUCGUGAUGCUUUACUUGAAUAGAAUGCGUUGGAUUUAAAAAGAAAAACAACAUCA